GACGUGGGGGCUAGCGUAGUUUGGAAUGAUCUAAACGUCACGUUUGUCAUCUUCCUCUCUCUUUCCCUCGUUGUUCGUGGUCAUAAAUAUAUAAUAUUAAGUAAAAUUAUACAAAAAUUAAUUCUGGGUUCGUUGAAUUUUGUGUAAAAAAUGAGUCUUUAUACAGAAAAUUCGACUUGAAAUUGUUUACUGACCAGUCAUUGAACCACUCUAAGCUUUGGUUUAUUUAGUUUUUAUACGAAGUGGGGUUGUAGAAAAUUCAAUUUUCUUGAGUUUUUUAUUUUAUUUUAUUAAUUUUAAGCUUUGGGUAUUAGAUAUUAACUCAUUUUGAUGAAGGGGUAGUUGGGUUUUGAUAAAGUUUUGACCUUUUUGUUGUUUGAAGUGAGGGUUUAUGCACAGCUGUUUUUUUUCUUUUUGGGGUUUUCUUGAUUUUAAUGGUGUAUGUGUUAAAGUUUUAAGCGGUUGCUUUUGGAAGUUUUUGUAUUUAGUCAACUGUUUGAAAGGGGUUUGUAGUUUGAUUUUGUUAUUGUAGAGUUUUUGAGUGUAUGAACUGAGGUUGUGGAUUGUUGAUGAUGAUGUGAAGAUUGGUAGAAAAGGCUAUAAGAGUGGUAAUUUUGGGAUGCCAAGUUUCAUUUCUCAGAUUCCAGUUUCAAAAAAUCACAUGGGCACAGAAGGGAACAAUACAAAUACUUCUCGAAUGUCUGAAUUUGGGGUGCUUGAGCAAUAUCUUGGAUUCCGUAUUGGAGAUGGUGUUAAUGUUAAUCGAAGUCCCCUAUUUAAUUCUACAUCUGCAGCUAAUCCAGCAGUGGGAUUUGACGUCUCUGGGACCAUCAAUAGGAAUUUAGCUCCUUCAAAUACAAGUUUGUCUACUGCUGCUCCAGGAUCUCAUGUAAUACAAUUGCAAUCAAACUUAGUUCCUGCAGCUGGCACUCAUCCUGAGAAUUGGGGCGAGUCCAACAUGGCAGAUUCUGGUUCUCGCACUGAUACUUCAACUGACAUGGAUGGAGAUGAUAGAAAUCAAAGGAUUGAGACGGGUCAAUCCAGGGCUAUUGCAGCUUCUGAUUCCAGUGACAAAUCAAAAGAAAAAGUCUUGGAUCAGAAGACAUUGCGGAGACUUGCCCAAAAUCGUGAAGCUGCUAGAAAAAGUAGACUGAGGAAAAAAGCAUAUGUACAACAGCUGGAGAAUAGCCGGUUGAAGCUAUCACAGUUGGAGCAGGACCUUCAGCGAGCACGUCAACAGGGGAAGUACAUCUCAAACAUGGCAGAUCAAUCAAAUGGAGCGGGCGCCAGUGGGACCUUAGCAUUUGAUGCAGAAUAUAGUCGAUGGUUAGAAGAACACAACAAACACAUCAAUGAAUUGAGAACCGCUGUCAAUUCACAUGCAAGUGACCCUGAACUGCGAAGUAUUGUGAAUAAUGUCACUGCACAUUACGAUGAGGUCUUUAGGGUGAAAGGAAAUGCAGCCAAGGCAGACGUAUUCCAUGUCUUGUCAGGGAUGUGGAAAACCCCUGCCGAGCGAUGUUUUAUGUGGAUUGGUGGCUUCCGCCCCUCGGAACUUCUUAAGCUUCUAGUCAAUCAGUUGGAGCCUCUGACCGAGCAACAGUUAGCUGGCAUUUACAACUUGCAGCAGUCAUCCCAUCAAGCAGAAGAUGCCCUUUCACAAGGUAUGGAGGCGUUGCAGCAAUCCUUGGCAGAGACAUUAGCUAACGGAUCUCCUGCUACUGAAGGGUCAUCAGGAGAUGUAGCUAAUUAUAUGGGUCAGAUGGCAAUGGCUAUGGGGAAAUUAGGGACUCUUGAAGGUUUUCUCCGUCAGGCGGACAACCUGCGUCAACAGACAUUGCAACAAAUGCAUCGCAUAUUGACAACCAGACAAUCAGCCCGUGCUCUUCUUGCAAUAAGUGAAUACUUCUCACGUCUUCGAGCUCUCAGCUCUCUUUGGCUUGCCAGACCACGAGAGCAAUAAGUAUGACAUGCAUUGCGAUAUUCUACUGAAACUCAGAUAUACUACUUCGAUACACUGGCCGGUAUAUGAGAUCCAGCAAAGUUACUCUUAUGUAUAAAGUGGUAUUGUAUGUGCUUGUGGAAGUGCAGAAUUUGUUUUCUUUCUCCUUAGGUUUAUAGAAUGCCAAAAUUUUACUUUGUGACUUAGGAACCAAUAAUGUACCUGUGUUUUUAGUUUUACAAGGAAAAAGUUUAGGGAUUUUUAAGAAGUGUAAUAGAUAUUUUUAGAAAGUUUUAUGCUUAAUCAAA